AUGCUGCGAAUCAAUUUCCUCCAGCUGGUCUUCGUAUCACUCAUGCUCAUGUCUCUCGCCUUCGCGACGGAGCAGCCAGUGAUCAACCAUGCCGUGCACCGUGAGUCCCAGUCUCUCCAGGAGGUCCUGGCCGGUAUCAACGUGAACUCCAUUCACGAAGCCCUGCAUGCCCUCUCUCGCAAAUUCCAGGACGGCAUUUUCCCGACUGACAUGAGUGCCGCCGAGGCCCUGCAAGGUGAUGACGAUACGAUCGCUAGCCUAGUCAGACUCGCCAAGCGGGAUACCAAUUCCACCGCUUCCUCUGAGCCUACUACCUCCGCGGAUUCUACUACUUCGGUGCCCAUCACCACGACUUCCUCCAGCAGUGAGGUUGUUACUACUACCACCGUGCAAACCACGACUUCAAAGUCGACCGCGGAGCCUACUUCGACGACGACUUCGAGCUCGUCUUCCAGUUCAAGCUCGACGACUACCACCGUGUCGUCUACUUCGUCUAGCACGACAAGCUCGUCUUCGUCUUCGAGUGUCCCUAGCACGACCUCGACUUCCUCGACGCAGUCUACUCUCACUACUACCACGAGCCAUUCGUCUUCUUCCUCGACUACUUCUGCUCCCACUACCGACAGCUCUUAUACUUCCACGUAUAAGAGCACUACGACUUUGGCCGAUGGCAGCCUGAGCACUAUCACCUCGACAACUAUCGUGCACGUCCACGCAACGGGCUCGUCCGAUAGCUCGACCACCACUGGCUCUUCUCCAGGCCUGCAAACUGGUGCUGCGGCUAUGACUACCGCCGGUCUUACCCGGGAGGUUGUCGCUAUGGUCGGUGGCGCCGUCAUGGUCGCCAUGGCGCUGUGA